AUGACCCCGGAAGCCAGCUUAAUCAUGGUCCCUGCCCUGGGGAAGAUGACUGUCACCACAUGGAAAUACCAAGUGUUUUGGAAAAAGUUGCCUCUAGUGACCCUGAACUUGGGCCUUUAUGAGUCUCAGCACCAGGAAGAGAAGUCCAAACCCAUCAGCCGUUACCCCAUUCCCUACAAAAAGGACCUGCCUUUUGACAUUUUAGAGCUCAUGGAGGAGAUAGAAAAGAAGACAGGAUUUUUACCAAAUGUAUUUAAAGUGUUGUCUCACUGGCCGUUGGAAUACAGAGCCUUCUUUGCUUAUUACAAUGUCAUCUGUAACAAGAAAACAGGCCAGCUCAGCAGAGCUGACAAGGAGCUCAUCAUUCUGGUGACCAGCCUGGCCAACAGGUGCUCAUAUAGCGUGGUUGUCCACAGUGCCUGGUACAGGGUCUUCUCGAAGAACCCAGUGCUCUCUGACCAGGUCUGUAUCAACUGGAGAAAGUCUGACCUCCCUGCCUGGGAAAAGGCAAUGCUGGAAUUUGCACUUGCUAUUUCCCAAGCUGAUGACGUAACAGAUGACCAUUUCAAAAAGCUCGAGGUGCAUGGUUUCAACCAGGAAGAUGCCUUAGAUAUAGCUGCAAUUUCAGCUUUUUAUGCCAUGUCCAACCGCCUUGCUCAUUUUGUCAGUCUUGUUCCCAACAAAGAAUUCUAUUUGAUGGGUAGAACCAAUGAUGUCAAAGACAUCAGGAGUGAACCUGCUGCUCCUGAAAUAUAA